AUGGAAAAAAUGAAGCGGUUUAAGAAGCGGUUGUCGUUGACUCUUCGCUCGAGUCAAACCAUCGACGAGUCUUUGUCCGAACUGGCAGAACAGAUGACCAUGGAGGAUGGAGGCACCAAGGACAAUGAGCCCUUCAUGAGGAACGGUCGCCCUCCCACAUCCCACAGCAUGCACUCCUUCCUGCACCAGUACACGGGCUCCUUCAAAAAACCACCGCUGCGACGACCUCACAGCGUCAUCGGAGGAACACUGGGCUCCUUCAUGGCCAUGCCUCGAAACGGCAGCCGAUUAGAUAUAGUGCACGAGAACCUGAAGAUGGGCUCCGAUGGGGAGAGUGACCAGGCGUCUGGGACGUCUUCAGACGAGGUCCAGUCUCCAACAGGAGUCUGUCUGCGGAGCAGGAUUCACCGACGCAUCUCCAUGGAGGACCUGAACAAGCGCCUGUCCCUGCCUGCCGACAUCCGCAUCCCUGAUGGGUACUUGGAGAAACUUCAGCUGAGCAGCCCUCCCUUCGACCAGCCGCUGAGCAGACGGUCUCGGAGAGCAUCUCUGUCGGAGAUUGGGUUUGGAAAGUUGGAGACGUACAUAAAGCUUGACAAACUUGGAGAGGGUACAUAUGCAACCGUGUUCAAAGGGCGCAGUAAACUCACAGACAACCUGGUGGCACUUAAGGAGAUCCGUCUGGAACAUGAAGAAGGAGCCCCGUGCACUGCCAUCAGAGAAGUGUCGCUACUGAAGGACUUGAAACACGCCAACAUUGUGACGUUACAUGACAUUGUCCACACAGACAAGAGCCUCACACUGGUUUUUGAAUACCUGGAUAAGGAUUUGAAGCAAUACAUGGAUGACUGUGGGAACAUAAUGAGCAUGCACAAUGUGAAGAUUUUCUUAUUUCAGAUUCUGCGGGGUUUGUCUUAUUGUCACAAAAGGAAAGUCUUGCACAGAGAUUUGAAGCCACAGAACCUGCUAAUAAACGAUCGAGGGGAGCUGAAACUGGCUGAUUUUGGUUUGGCCAGAGCAAAGUCAGUACCAACCAAAACAUACUCAAACGAAGUGGUGACUCUGUGGUACCGACCUCCAGAUGUUUUACUAGGAUCAUCGGAAUAUUCAACACAGAUCGAUAUGUGGGGUGUUGGGUGUAUUUUCUAUGAGAUGGCUGCAGGUCGGCCGUUGUUUCCUGGGUCCACAGUAGAAGACGAGCUUCACCUCAUCUUUAGGUUACUCGGCACCCCCACUGAAGAGAACUGGCCCGGAAUCUCAUCCAUCGAGGAGUUUAAAUCCUAUAAUUUUCACAAAUACAAGCCUCAGCUGAUCAUCAACCACGCUCCCAGACUCGACAGUGAAGGCACCGAGUUACUUCUCUCUUUCCUCAAAUAUGAAUCAAAGAAGAGGAUUUCUGCUGAAGAUGCGAUGAAGCAUUCGUACUUCAGGCAGCUGGGAAUGCGAGUCCACAACCUGCCAGAGAAUGUUUCCAUGUUCACGUUGAAGGAGGUGCAGCUUCAGAGAGAUCCAGGCUACAGGAACACUGCGUAUACAGACUCAAAUAACAAGAUUAACCGAAGACAGAGCAUGUUGUUUUAA